UCGAUUCUCUUGCUUGAUCUUUUCAUACCAUGCGCGAGAAAUGCAUAGAUCUACGGCAUUCAAUCCGUAGCUUGCUGGGACCAAGUCGAUGCCCAACACGCGUCCCCGACUUGACGCGACGUGUCAUAACGCGUCACGGUCCCGUGAUCGGUCCAGCCAGUACUCGAUUUUAAUCCCACAUGUAGCUCCCCGUCUGCGCUCUGCAGUUGCUUUUCAGGAUGCGACAUGUGCUGCAAUCGCUGAAAGUCCGUCUCCUGUCAACGAGGAGAAAUAUAUCCCUACGUGCGCAGGGCGUUGACUCCCUAGAAGGUGUCAGGCCUCUAUUUGAGCGGAAACCGCCAUGGUACAUUCGCGGAGCCUACUUCUUCGUAGCAGCAAAUAUCUUUACCGUAUUCACAUUCUCCGAGCUGACAUGGACCCACUGGACGCGAUGGGAACCGUUGCCAGCAUCCUCCCAAACCGUCAAGAGUAAAGCUGAGCCGAAGGGUGACAGCAAGGAACCACGGAAUGGUCAUUACGUUUUACGUCCCUGGUACCAGAGACUUUUCGUCACUGCUGGUCCAUUCGUCAUCGGCCUCGGUCUCGCCGCCUUCAUCAUCACAGGCCGAUUGCGCAUAGUCCAUAAACUGUACCUGCUCCCCUCCGGUAACCCUGCUACUGCCGCUGCAAGCAUCGGAGCGACCAAAAGCUCGUUUGCAAACUCAGUUUCCUCCAGGUCAUCAAAGACAAAGCAGCCCGCUUCGCCACCGAAGCCAGUAGACGAUCGCCGUGUUGUCUUGCAAAGCGCAGCUCAUUGGCGGAAACGUGGUCUCGUAUUCCCGAUACGCAACUGCAAGCUUGAAGUGGGUACGGACAAGAAUGAGCUGAAGCUUUUCGUGGAGGGCUAUAACGUUCCCUUUUGGGUAUCGCUUGACGGCGCCACUAUUGAUGGACAGAAGGGAUCGAUAGAUGAUUCGAGGGUCCGCCUCUUCAAGGCGUGGGUAGGGGAGAAGGGGGCCAUGAGGAUAUUGAAGGACGAGCAUUGGAUAAGUGGACCAAAAGCAGCGUGAAUGCUGACGACCGGACGUACACGUCGUGACACAUGGUCUUGUCGUGUGCUGUCUGAGGCGAGAUUACCUCUGACCGCGGUCAGCAUCCAUCCGAACCAACUUCAGCACUCUCUGCGUCCGUCGCUUGUGUGGUACUAUAGGGUUAUCGCACUAGAUCGACUGGAUAACUGCCUCCUCGGCGAUCACAGUAAUGUCUUUCCGAGAGCAUUGCCAGCUGAUACGCUAUAGCGCUUCACGUACCGAAAAAUCUCAUGAUGGGAGAAUUCUUCUGUCAAGUCCUCCGAGGCCUAUCAGGUCCGUUUCGGCAGUAGGACGCUCAGAAUUUGUAA